AUGGCAAUGCGCAGGGCAAAUAGAUCAUUGGGAUUGAUCGAACACAUUGCCAUUGAGAUAGUAAAGUCCUCGGGUAGCGACUACGGAUCGGAAAACGGAGUAGAAGCAAGCCUACCACAAGAUAGACUGACGGUAUGGGGUCAGGAUUGCUGGGAUUGUUGGGGCCGGGCCGGUUGUGUAGGCCGGCCUCGCUUAAGUCUUUUCAGUACAGAUACGGACAACCAACGUGUCAUCAUCCAUGUGAAGGACGUAAACGAUGAACCCCCUUAUUUCAUCAACCGACCGCUGCCAAUGCAGACAGUCGUCCAACUGAAUGCCGCUCCCAACACACCCGUGUUCACUCUCCAAGCAAGAGAUCCAGACACUGACCAUAAUAUCCAUUACUUUAUCGUAAGAGACCGCACUGGAGGUCGAUUUGAAGUAGACGAGAGGUCAGGUGUUGUUAGAACGAGAGGCACAGAUCCGUUCCAGUUGGAUAUGGAGUAUGUGCUGUAUGUGAAGGCCGAAGAUCAGAGCGGCCGCGUGGAUGAGAGAAGAUUCCAAUCGACUCCAGAAGAACGGCUCAGCAUAGUGGGAGGCAAGCGGGCUCCCCAGUUUUACUUGCCUAGUUACGAGGCUGAGAUAGCAGAGAACCAGAAGAAAGACUCCGAUAUCAUAUCGGUAAAAGCAAAGUCGUUUGCUGAUCGCGAGAUCCGGUAUACGUUGAAAGCUCAAGGACAAGGCGCUGGCACCUUCAAUAUUGGACCAACUUCGGGCAUCGUGAAGCUGGCCAAAGAACUUGAUUUUGAAGACCUGAGGCAGCCACACGUCUACUCGUUGGUGGUAACAGCUACAGAAGAUUCUGGAGGGUUUUCUACGUCUGUAGAGCUCACAAUACGAGUGACUGAUGUAAACGAUAACGCACCAAAGUUUGAACUGCCCGACUACCAGGCGCACAACGUUGAUGAAGAUAUUCCGCUCGGGACAAGCAUUCUCAAGGUUAAGGCAAUGGAUGCAGAUUCUGGGAAGAACGCGGAGAUCGAGUAUCUGGUAUCAGACGACCACUUUAGCGUAGAUUCCAACGGCAUUAUUACCAACAACAAGCAGUUGGAUGCUGACAACAAUAACGCUUAUUAUGAGUUUGUAGUCACUGCUAAGGACAAAGGCGAGCCUGCAAAGACAGGAACAGCAACUGUUAGAGUUUACACCAAGAACAAAAAUGAUGAAGAACCCAAAUUCUCCCAACAAGUAUACACACCAAACGUCGAUGAGAAUGCAGGUCCAAACACACUGGUUACUACGGUCGUUGCUUCAGAUAAGGACGGUGACAAUGUUAGAUUUGGUUUUGUCGGAGGCGGUACAAGUUCUGGCCAGUUCGUUAUAGAGGAAAUCACUGGCGUAAUCCGUUUACAUAAUAAAGCUAUCUCAUUAGAUCGAGACAAAUAUGAACUGAAUGUUACAGCUAUGGACGAUGGAGCAUGUUGUGUGAACGGCGAUGCAACCAUACAUACAUCUACAGCUGUCGUUGUAGUGUUUAUUACAGACGUAAAUGACAAUAAACCCAUAUUCAAAGACUGUCCAACAUAUUUCCCUAAGGUCGAAGAAGGUGCACCAAAUGGCAGUCCCGUCAUAAAAGUGCACGCAACGGAUGAAGAUAAAGGCGUCAACGGUCAAGUUAAAUAUUCUAUAGUGCAACAGCCUAAUCAAAAAGGUACUAAGUUUACAGUAGACGAAGAGACAGGCGAAGUGUCCACUAAUAAAGUAUUUGAUAGAGAAGGUGACGAUGGGAAGUUUGUGUCGGUAACGGUAAAAGCGACUGAUCAGGGUGAACCUUCCUUAGAAGGUGUUUGCUCAUUCACCGUUGAAAUUACUGAUGUCAACGAUAACCCUCCACUAUUCGACAGACAAAAAUAUGUGGAGAAUGUAAAACAAGACGCCAGUAUUGGCACAAAUAUCUUAAGAGUAUCUGCAUCUGAUGAGGACGCAGAUAAUAACGGCGCUAUUGUUUAUACGUUGAGUGCACCAUAUAACCCAGCCGAUAUAGAAUACUUUGAGAUCCAACCUGAAUCAGGUUGGAUUGUCCUCAAGAAACCUUUAGACCGGGACAGGUAUCGACUGCGCGUGCGCGCCUCCGACAGAGGCGUCCCGCCCUCCGCCGCAGACGUGGACGUUGAAUUAGACGUGGUAGACAGAAACAAUAAGCCCCCCAUCUGGGACAUGACCACGUAUGGCCCCGUUCACAUCAAAGAGAAUGUCACAGUGGGUACCGUAGUGACCAGUGUGAAAGCCAGGUUGCGAGAGACGUACAAGCUGGAGGCUAUGGCUCAAGACAAGGGUUUCCCGCCCUUGUCCAGAACCGUGGAGGUCCAGAUAGACGUAGUGGAUCGCGCUAACAAUCCCCCCGUGUGGGACCACACGGUGUAUGGCCCGAUCUACAUUCGAGAGAAUUUGCCCGUGGGUGCCAAAGUGGUGUCCGUGAAAGCAAGGUGCGUGUUAUUGUACGGCACGGGCACCGCACGCAGCCCCGUCACCUGCACGCAGUGUGCGACGCCGCGGCGACACCACGACAAUAUGGAGGUCACCAUUCACGAUAAAUCACACAAACGGAGUAGAUAA